GAGAGAAAAAAAAGAAAACAAAACAAAAAGUAAUAAUAAUAACUGAGAAGCUAAGGCAAAGCGCCUGAGAAGCUUAGCAAAUCCAUGAUAAGCUCACUGCUGAAGCGUGAAUUGGCGUCGGCGUGCAGAUCGGUGGUGUGGUUCUUGGAGAGUUCGGUUUCCAAAGGCAUGGGUUGCUUCUUCGCUUGCUUCAGGAUCAGAGACGAUCGCCACCGCCCUCGGCCCCACCUCGCCUCCCGUUCAGCUUCCCGCCCUAACCCCACUGAAGUUGUGAUACCUCAAAAUCGUUUGUCAUCUCUUUUUAUAGCUGAAGAGAAUGAAGAUUCUCGGUGCAAUGAUGGGGAGGAUUUUAGUUUCAGAUCCCCACAAAAUCGCAAGGAGCUCAAGGAUGAGGCCAGGUUUCUUAAAGCUUGUGGUACCUUAGUGGAGACGCCUGCUGAAAUUCGGAAAGCAUCCUUGAAAGGUUCAACUACUUAUGAUAGAGAUUCAGAGCCUCCAAAAUUCCAUUCAUGGCUUCCCAACACAUCUAUCAAGAAAAUUCAGUUGGACAAUCAACCUGAUCAGCCUCCCACUCCUAUCAAACUUUGUGAAGACUGGGGAAAGGAAUCUGCUUCGCAAGAGCUGACACCUAGCAGCUGUAUAUCCAGCGUCAAGGUUCAUGCUAAUCAGUCAGAAAACGCAACAUCAGUUUCACCUUUGGUUUCAACCACAGCCGUUCAGUGCAGGAACAAGUCUGUGCGCUUUGAAUGUGAGUAUGAUGUAUCUUCCUCUAGAAGUUCAUCUGAAAAUGUUAGCCAUAAUCCAAAGAAAUCUGAAUCACCGGAUAAUCGGAGUGUGCCAAAGCCAGAACCUUAUCCAACCCCACUUAAGCUAUCUGAUGAGAUGCAAACACCUGGAACUGUUUUCCCCACAAACUUAGAAAAGUUACCAUAUGGGAAGACUCGAAUCAGGUCUCAGUAUGUGUAUUCAGGUUUCAAUCCAGUUGAGAGUGACUCUCAGUUGAAGGUAUUGAAGGAAGAAAAUUCUAACUCUCAUCAAUUUUCAGAUGAUUUGAGAGAAUCUCUUGAGUUGCUUGAAACUGCAACUCCUAGGUCAGAAGGUGGGGUAAAUGAAACUUCAUCUGGGAAAGAGUUGAAGGCAGAAGCAAGCCAGUCUGCUUGGCUGAAGCCACAGCUCUCUACUCAGGAUGAGAACAGUAAACUUUUUGACUCUGGUGCCACCAGAAGACCUCAUUUUGGUAGAACUCCUGGGGACAGGCCUAUAAUUGGGAUUGUUGCUGCUCACUGGAAUGAUGAUGAGCCUUCUCAUAUUUCGCCUAAGUGGUGGGAUGGGAAUGGAAUACCAAAUUCGACCAAUAAAUACAAAGAGGAUCAGAAAGUAAGUUGGCAUGCUACACCAUUUGAGGAGAGGUUAGAAAAGGCUUUGUCUGAAGAGAGCAACAUCUCCCAAAGGAAGGAUAUAUAUGGGAAACCAAUAGCUUUCGAUGAGAACGAGGAAAAUGAUACUGCUCUUUCUCAGUUGCAAUCUUCAGCCCAUCCUAAGUCGGUGGUUUCAUUUUAAUGAAUGAUGGUGGCAGUGUUUCUCCAAUGUGCUGUGAGUUUGUUUUGCAGCGAAUAUGGUGUCCUUCCAAACCUAAAUUUGAGUAUACUUCGUUGAACAUGGUUGGUUUGUAUCAGGCCAUUGACUGAUUUUGUUGGUUCCGGAAAUUUUGUUCAAUUUAGGAGUAUCCUUUCAGCAGCAUGCAAAGCUGCUUAUAGUGUACAUAAGUAAUGGAAAUCCUCUGCAUCAAUGGCUCUUUGAUUAUGAAUCUUUUUAAAAUUU